AUAACCAAGUGAGCAUGAAACAUUCAAGUACAAAUGUGCCCUUGGUGUUGGUCAGAUAGGUCAAGCCAAAGCUUCCAGGAAGCUUCAGAUUUUAUAACCGGGGAAGAAGCUCAAAAUUGUUCUCGUGUGAGUUCUGAAUGACCUCACACAGCUUGCGAGGACUUUGGUCUUGCUUCUAAAGUCUUGCUGCGGAAGUGCUUCGGAUCGAUUCGGGGAGCGGAGUGACAUUAGCAAAAGGUCGAGUGGAAAAAUAUGCUGACACGGAGCCGCUCCCUACAUAGCGUCCACUCGUCGUACGACAAGCCGGUCAGGAGGGAUGCUGAGACUCUUAGUAGGACGGUGUCCGUGUCCGAGUUGGUCGAAAGAUAUCAAGCUUCAACUGAAGAUGAUUCAAAAGCUGACACAAAUGCAAAGGCAUCAGCAGCAGUUCAAAAGAAAACAGCAGCCACUCCACCCAAGAAUGGCCCACAGCAAAGGAAAACACCUCAGCAGGACCAUCGGAAGAGCAGAGAAGACAAACGGGGAUGCUCUUUGCCCGAGACUAAUUUGAGCCGCAGCAAGUCGACAGGGAGUUUUCAAAAAGACGCCAAGGUUUCCAUCGAGGCCUUGAAGGCACAAUUUGAGAUGAGAAAUAAGCCAGCAGAUGAGACUUCCAAAAAUGUCAAGGCGGUGAGCAACAGAGAGAUCAGUAAGUCUGCGAAGGAGCAGAAGGCUCACCCUGCUCCGCUGCGUCCCGGCAAGAGUGACGCAAAGGAAAGAAUUGCGACACGUAAGGUAGCAACCCAAACUCUUACAAAGAAAGACAAAAACAACAUUGAGAAGACUGCCGUCUUCAAAACCAAUGUUAAAAGGAAGUCAGUCGCGGACUUCAAAGAAAACUCCUCGGCUCAAGAGAAGGAGAAACUGUACGUCUCCGUCAAAGCUUUGUCUGCACUCUUUGACUCUCAGUCAAAGGUGGCAACUCAGGAAGCAAUUCAAGAAGUAAAACAGAAACCAGUAAAACAAGUGAAGAUGGCGGAAGACACCCAGGUGAAGAGAGAAGACCACCUUCAGCCAGGACUAGAGACACUGUCACAACAAUUCUUCCCCUCCCAAAUGUCCAAACAAAACCUUCACCAACAGCGUCAGAAAUGUGAGCUGAGAAGACUCUUGAAGCACACGCAUCCCAAGCUGAAGAUGCUGGAUGAGCUCGUAGACGAGGAGCUCGCUGAGGUGUUGAGUUCCGAGACUGAGGUGACGGUCGAUAAAACCGUGUACGAGGGAGAGGUCCAUUCCAUACGCCUGAUAUUUGAGAAUUAUUCCCAGAGUGGCCAAGUGUCACCUUCCGCCCCAAAGAUGUACACAACUGAAGAAUUAGUCAAACAAGGCAAUGUCGGUGAAAUAUUAAAGCUUGACCAAACAAUGGCUUCUAAUUCUAAUCCCAGCGGGGGGGGAAAUGUUAAGACUAUAGAUGUCCAGGGAACCAGAAGGAUAUUUGAAAGUCCAUAUAGGGAUACUUCCCAGUCUUGCCCAGAGAAGGUUCAGCAGGAUAUAGUUUCUUCUGCUGUUUCGACUGACUUCGUCCAAGAACGAGGAAGGGAGACAUGUGACCAGCAGAAUAUUCAGUACCAGGAUAGACCCAGUCCUAUGAAUUGGACAGAACAACCCAAAGGGUCAUGUGAUCCUGGUCAUAGCACAUGGAAGGACGAUGAUGACUUUUCCAGUCUCGAACACAAGGAUAAUAUCAAAACGAGGGAAUCUCUGAUGCAAAACAACCCAUUCCUAGCUAAAAACAUUCGACAUUCCUAUGCUCAUAUGGCAAAACACAAACUAAUAACAGAAGAAGACAAUGUGGCCAAGGUUAAGAAUAGAACCCAUUUGUUUGAAUCAAUGCCAUUUGACAAAAUCAGACACCAGAACAAGGAUGAAGUGGAGACAAUGGUGGAGACACUCAAGGACACCCUAAGCUCUCUUCAUCGCUUGGAUGUCAUUUAUGCUGAUGGCUUGAUCAUCGAGGUGAAUGAAACCAUGCGAGCCAAAAAGGCCAAAUACACAAAAUCAGCCAGCGGAGUCCAGAUCGAUUACAACGAGGUGUCUGAGGGUAAUUUCCAAAACUUCAUACUUCGUGUGCUACCGCGAGCAAACCUUAAACCUCAGAUCACUUACCUCACGGAGGAUUGCAAUGGAGGCAUUAGGAGCACAUUGGUUAAGGUACCCGUCCACCCGAAUCAGUUCACGGCCACCCAGGACACAGAAUGUAACACAGCUAAUGUGGUUCAAGUUUUGGAAGACAUUUUGAAUCAAGACAACUCCCUGAGGAGAGGAGUAAUCAUCCAGGAGAUCGCUGGAAAAUCUGCAGAUAUUGUCGUGUACUCCCUCCACAAAUAUUCAGAUGACAAAAACGUCCGACGAUAUUGUCCUCAAGAGCUUCCCGUAGAAAGAAAAUCACCUUUAAAUUCUCCAGACAGCUUCUGUCAAGGAUCUGACAACCCGGAAGUGAGAAUAAAGGGGAAUGUGAAACUAUUUAUGAGUUGUAUUGAAAAGGACGAACUGGAAUAUUUGAAAACUCUUCAAGAGAAGUCGACAGUUGAAGACCAGAAGUCGGACAUUGUUCCUGAAGAGAAGCUUUAUCAUGGAGAGGAGUGGGUACCAGUGGAUGUAAAGAGAUUGAGAACCAUUUUCUCUGAGGAUCAAACGCAAAACCAAUCCAAUCCGAUUGUCAAUAAAGAUCAUCCCCGUUCAAACAUGUCAGAGUCUUGCGCAAGACAAAAUGUGACCCAGAAGAAUGACAUUCAAACUGAAAGACAUGACGAAAGCCAAGUUCAAGAAGAAUCAUUGGAUCAAUUGCAGAAACAGUGCGGUGACCAAGUCGUCCAAUCUGAUAACGAAGAAACAGGUUUGAGGAUCCAGUCAGUACCAGGUACGAAACAAGAAACAAAGUGCUCCAACCAAAUUGUUUCCAAGGAAACCCACACAGCUGUAGGCAGUAAAAACAAAAAUAUGACAGAGGAGCUCCCGGUGCAACACUUCCAAGCCGCUGUGGAUUCUCCAGCUAGCGCACAAACACAGCAUGAAGAAGAGGAAAUUGUUUUUCACGGUAAACUCAAAGCAGCAUUGGAGUCCUUAGAGCGCUCUAACAUUAAUGUCAGCAAAGGAGAUUUCAAAGCAGCCAUGAUCUACCGUAACUCCUCCAAACCUCCCAAAGAAAGGGUGAAAAAUACAGCUCAAGUUUUCCAUGGCGAGGCCAUCAACCAAGAUCUUUGUGUAACGGCAUCCCAGACUCAAGUGAGUCCAAAUACGGUCAUAGAAGCGCAAACAAGUACUGCGAAUAAAACGUCAGCCCCACAAAAAAAUCCAAGGCCUGUUGGACCAAAACCAGCCAUCCCUCCAAAACCACAACAUUUGAAACAGCAAAAUAAACAAUCAGCAAACAUUGAAAACUCCUCAACAGAAAUUGACAGAUUGAAAAUAAAUCCCUCUACAGAGUCAGGACAUGAUGUAGGAACACAAAAGCCUCAGGAAAUCCUCGAAAAUCACCAAAUCCAUGAAUCACAUAGCGCAGUGGAAAAAUGUGACAAAAACUACCAAGGAGGAGAGAAAAAUGAAAUAGAGGAAGCCCAUAUCAAUUUCAAAGAGGCGUGCAAAAAAUUCGGUGAUCCGAACGAUCAUCCCAAAAAGCGAACGCCCGUGAAACCAAAACGAGUAAAAAUAGCUCAACCUGACAACAAAAUUUCAGCACAUGUUGAGUUGAGAGCAAAGAAGGGAAGGCCGGAGACAGACCACGAACGGCGUCAGCGUCUGUCCGUCCACAUGGAAAAGAUCAUGCGAGGCAACAUGGGGACCGCGAUGGAGAUUUUCGACAAUUUGCGAAAGGAGGAGGAGCUGCGGGGCAUCCUCAGUCGAGUGGAAAAGAUCCAAGAGGACACCAACGAGGUUGACGUGAGGUCCCUCAGGAAAGUAUUUGAGAAUGUCCCCAGCAGGGUUGUCCCCACAAACAAAAACAAACGGAAGCAAGAGAAACCAGAACGCAAAGAGGAGACCAGAACAUUAGCAACCGAGACGAAGUCCUCAUUGGCAAACGUUUUUGGAGAUCUUGAAAGAGCCAGUGAGGACAUCGUGACUCUCAAGGAACAAACACUAGCACGGCUUGUUGACAUUGAGGAAGCCAUCAAGAAGUCCCUUUAUUCUGUCUCGACUUUAAGAUCAGACUCGGAUAUCGCCGGUCUAUCGUGCCUGUUCAAGGAGUCGUUGGGAAGUGUGCAAGGAUCUCCGGCGUCUGGGAACAAAAUAAGCAAAACAGAAUCCGUGCAGGAGAAAUAAGACCCCACAGCUUCACCAGGUGGCCAAGAUGCUGCAAUAACUCCAAAGCACAGAGAAGGUCCUGCUUUUAUCUCCAUCCAGUCAGCUGCUAGAAAAUCAGAUCAAGCAGAAGCUAUAAGCUGUCCAACUUGUCAGCACAGCCCGGAGAAAUUCUGCUCAACCAAAGUGCUUCAAUGCAACAGUCCUCAGAGACAGAUUAGCGUACUCCAGGUGCAAACAAGGACCUGGAGUGGAGCAGAGUCUUAGGAACCAAGACAGAAAACUACAAGAUGCGAUUUUAGUUGCUGAUUUUUAUUUGGAUUCGUUUUUUUGUUUUGGAAAAAAUACACGUGCUUGGUUUUCAACUGCCUGUCUCACUUGUCUCAUCAGUUCCAUCUGAGUCACCGAGAGACAUGCUCGGCCUGUUUGAAGCCAGUUUAUCCCAUGGAAAAAAUGAGCGCGGACAAAUAUGUUUUUCACAAACAUUGCUUCUGCUGUAAAAAGUGCAAGAAAACACUGAGGUGAGACAUCCAGACAUACAAAUUGAUGAUUGCAAAAAUCAAUUUAUAGCAAAAAAAGAUUAUGCAAGAUCUUUAUAAUGAUUAUUAAAAUGAUUUUACAAUGA